AUGUGCACCACCCUCUUCCUGCUCAGCACCUUGGCCAUGCUCUGGCGCCGCCGAUUCGCCAACCGGGUCCAACCAGAGCCCAGCGGAGUAGAGGGGGCCGUUACAGGCAGCAGAUUGGAAACAGACCUCCGGUCCUCAGGCAGGGGGAGAUGCCGCCACGGGGAGUACCCCUGCCUGUCCCAAACGUGUGGUUGCACGGAUGCGGGCAGGAUGAUUCUGGGCGAGGGCAUCCAGCAGAGGCCCUGGUCCAAGACGAGAGCCCUGGGGGUGCUGGAGUCAGACCGUGAUGAAAGGGACGGUGCCCAACCUGCCAGGGGGGACAACAGGAAGAACCUGGCUGAGGAAGCCCAGGCAGUGUGGAACCCAAGUGGGCUGGUGCUGAGGAUGGGAGGGACCCCCGACUACCCUCAGAAGAAGAACCGUCUGAGUCGCGCUGAGGAUGCGGCCGCCCCCAUCGGCCGUUGUUUGGACUACAUUUCCCCUGAGCCCUUUCUCAACAUCGCGCGAGCUCUCGCGAGACUGCUGAGAGGACGUGGGCGCAGGCGCGGCCCCACCUUCUUUUCGGGGCAGGCCUCGCGGCUGGGAGGCAUGGCGGCUUUUGGCUGGAUCCAACGGGACGAGCAUUCUCGGGCCUUUGGCUGUGGGUGGUUGGGAAGUUUAGGGGAAAUACUGGAUCAGAAGACGCAGAAGGGCGCGAGUGUUGAUGAUUGA